CCAACUGCAAAGAUGCCCUGCCCCUUCUCUCUCUUCUCUGUCCCUCUCUCACUCUAAAUAAAUGUUACUCUUGUGAGAAACAGAUAUAUAAACCAACCCACCAACCAAAAACUCACACUAAAGAAGAGACCCUCUCCCUCAAACUGCCAUUGAAGACCACCAGAGGCUCAGGAAAACUUGGAUUCACAAACUCUGAUCAAUCUGUUCCAAUUUUAUCAAUGAAUGAGGCGGGGAACAGCAAUGGGAAUUCGGGUAGGAGAAGGGCACACAUUGACGACGACGAUGACGACGAUUAUGAGAUUGAUGACAGGGUGCACAAAUCGAAAAACCUCGACGCCGAGCGGAGGCGGCGCAAGAAACUCAAUGACAGGCUACUCGAGCUCCGCUCGUUGGUCCCGCACAUCACCAAUAUGAAUAAAGGGACCAUCGUCACCGAUGCAAUCACGUACAUAGAGGAGCUAGAGAAGAGUGCAACAGACCUAAGAAACCAACUUUUAGAAAUGGAAGCAACUGUUGUAGAGGAAUCAAAACUACCCAUUGAAGCCAUUGAUGCUGCAGAGGAGAUCAAGAAUUGGGGGAUAGAGCCGGAGAUUAAGGUGAAUCAAAUUGAUAGGAAUAAGCUAUGGAUCAAAAUGGUUUUCCAGCAGAAAAGAGGGGGAUUCACCAAACUGGUGGAGGCCGUGAGUGUGAUUGGCUACGAAUUUACUGAUACCAGUGUUACUACUUCCAGAGGAGCCAUUCUUGUUACUGCUUGUUUGGAGGGUAAUCAUGGUGGAAUUCUAGAACCAGAGCAUGUCCGAGAGUUGCUGCUCGAGAUUAUGAGAGGCAUAUAGAGCGGCUAUCCAGGAGGGAGAUCAAUUGGAACUCCACGCUCGUUGCGUAUUCGAUUUCCUUUUCAUAUCGGGGAUUGAACUCCCUUCUAUUCCAAUUUUCAGAGGUUUAAUUUGAAAAUUUUAUGAACUAAUAAUACAUUCAGUGAUGCCCGCCCAAAUAGAUGAUUCAUAUCUGAUUUUAAACUUUCGAAUGACAAUUGACGAGCAGGCUUAUAAAUAAAUCCGUGCGUAUUUCCUAAGCAGCUGACAUAAUAAA